UUUGAACCGGAACUGUUAUGGCGCUGCUGCAGAUACAUCCAUGAACAAAACACAAACAGUGGACGCAGCGUUUAAAAACUUUGUUUUUUGUUUGUGUCAACAACACGUACUCUGUAAGCAGUUGUGUUAAAUUUGCGCCUGGUGUGUGACGGUCAGAGAUGAGCGUCACUUUGGAUAUUAGACUGAAAAGAGCGAACAAAGUUUAUCAUGAAGGGGAAACGGUGGCUGGUGUCAUCUUGCUGGUGUGUAAGGAAACGCUGCAGCAUCACGGCAUCUUUUUGAGCAUGGAGGGGGUGGUGAACCUGCAGCUGAGCUCUAAGAGCGUCGGCGUCUUCGAGGCUUUCUACAACUCUGUCAAGCCCAUCCAGCUCAUCAGCAGCAACAUCGAGGUGGCCAAGGCAGGAAAGAUCCCAGGAGGCAAAACUGAGAUCCCCUUUGAGUUUCCUCUGAUCACGAAAGGCAACAAAGUGCUGUACGAGACCUACCACGGCGUCUUCGUCAACAUUCAGUACACACUCCGCUGUGACAUGAAGCGCUCCCUGCUGGCCAAAGACCUGAGCAGGAACUGUGAGUUCAUUGUGCACUGUCAGCCGCAGAAAGCCAAAGUUGUCCCGACUCCGGUCAACUUCACCAUCACUCCUGACACGCUGCAGAGCACCCGCGAGGACAAACUUGCUCUCUGUCAACAGAGGACUUCACUGCCUAAGUUUUUAGUCAGAGGCCAUUUAGACGCCACCAACUGUGUGAUCAGCCAGCCGCUGACCGGAGAGGUGGUGGUGGAAAACUCAGACGUCCCCAUCAAGAGUAUUGAACUGCAGCUUGUUCGAGUCGAGACCUGCGGUUGUGCCGAAGGAUACGCCCGAGAUGCUACAGAGAUCCAAAACAUCCAGAUAGCUGAAGGCGACGUCUGCCACGGACUCUCUAUUCCCAUCUACAUGGUCUUCCCCAGACUGUUCACGUGUCCCACACUGGAGACCACCAACUUCAAAGUCGAGUUUGAAGUCAACAUUGUCAUCAUGCUUCACGAUGAUCACCUGAUUACAGAGAACUUCCCCCUGAAACUGUGCAGAGUCUGAACCCACUGAGAUAAGUUCACUGCAGCUCUGGAUUUGAUUCUCCCUACAGCACUUUCUGCAAGAACUAAUUACAUUGAUCUAAAUUAAAACAUAUCCUUUUUUUUCUUAAAUCUACAUGAUUAUGACCAUAAGUGUUUCAUAUUAUGUCUCUAUUAUGUUUUAAUAAUUUUCACUCAAUAAACAAGUUUUUUAAAGUAAA